AUGUCUUCCAAAUUGGAUGCUCGUCACAUCCAAAACCUGAGCGCUGCAGCGACUCUAGAGCUUCAUUGGGGUUAUGCGGAACGUGCCCUUCCCUGCACUAACAAUGCGGGCUCCUGCGCGUAUCUCGAUGCAGUCUACUCGGCUCAUGAUCUUGGCAUGAUGUAUACGGGAAUAAUUUGGUCGACCAUCAGUGGCGUUUUGUUGAUAUGGGCUUUCUUGAGACGUUUCGGUCACCCAACGACCUCUCCAGCGCCUGCCUUAUCUCGUUCGUCAGGCAUAGAAAGAGGCCGUCGUGCGUUUGCAGCUUUCAUUCGUCAAUAUUGUCUUCCAGACGCGCCGCGCAUGAUCUUCGGUCGCACGACGCGUCUGCAAGUCCUCGUUCUUGCUGCUCUGGCCGGCUACCUGCUCAUUUUCAGCUUCGUUGGCAUCGUCUAUAACACCUGGGUCACCCCCGUAUCCGGUAUGGAUGGCGUAUAUAACACCCGCUCUAGUAUCGGACCAUGGGGUGAUCGAAUCGGCGUCUUCGCGUAUGCGCUCCUUCCACUCUCCAUAAUGCUGAGCAGCCGGGAGUCCCUUCUUUCCAUGAUCACCGGCCUGCCGUAUCAGAGCUUCAACUUUCUGCAUCGCUGGCUGGGAUAUAUUAUCUUUGUACAGAGCUCGCUUCACACGAUCAUGUGGUGUAUUGUUGAGUUGCGACUUUACCAGCCACAGCCAUCUGUUGGGGUCGAAUUCAUCACACAAACUUACAUUGUCUGGGGCAUCGUUGCUAUGAUCCUGCUGAUCUUGCUAUUUGCUCUGAGUACGCCAUGGGGUAUUCGGAUGACCGGCUAUGAGACCUUCCGCAAAGCCCACUAUGUUCUCGCUAUGGUCUUCAUCGGAGCCUGCUGGGGUCAUUGGGAACAAUUGAAGUGCUUCCUCUUGCCAUCUUUGAUCUUCUGGUUCCUCGAUCGCGCUGCUCGACUCUUCCGGACUGCCCUCUUGCAUUAUAAACCCGACGAGGCGGGCACAUUGGGGUUUAAGACCGUCGACGCGACCAUAACCCGGUACGGCGAUGCGGAAAACCUCGAUGUCAUCCGACUUGAUAUGGAUAACAUCCAAGAGCCAUGGGCUACCGGCCAACAUUACUACCUUUGCUUCACUCAAGGAAGCAUUUGGCAAUCACAUCCUUUCACGCCUCUUAAUGCCCCAGUGGUAGUAAAGGGCAAGGUGAAACAUUCAUAUAUUCUCCGGGCCAAGAAAGGCGAAACUAGGAAGAUCAUCGACCUUGCUGCCACGGGCGUCUCAAGUACUCCGAUUAUUCUGACUGGGGCAUACGGUGAGAACAUCACCGAGUCGUUGAGACCAGACGCAAACAUCAUCUGCAUCGCCGGUGGUACCGGCAUUACCUAUGUCCUUCCAGUGCUGCUCGAGCUGGCUCAGCAGUCACCAUCACCGGACCGGAAGAUGGAACUCAUCUGGGCAAUCCGGCAUACAUCCAACAAGGAGUGGAUCAGUGAAGAGCUUGGUAUCUUGCAAAGGGCCCAAAAAGCUCUGAAUCUGAAGAUACGAAUCUUCGCAACGAGAGAUUCCAGCGAGGAUUCUCCUUACGAUACGAAAGAAGCCGUCAAUAUCUCAGUCUUCAAUGAAAAGGAUGCUGGUCAGGACUCCCAGAAUUCUUCAUCUGAGUCUCAGUCAUGUGGCUGUGAGAAUGAAGCACCUGUUGAGAAGCUCGGCGGUAAAUCAGAAAAGGGCAACUCUCAUCCUGACCUGCACAAACUAAUUCCUGGCUUCCUGAAUGAAGUUGUGCGAGGACCCACGACAGUAUUUGUUAGUGGGCCUGGAGGUAUGAUCAGUGAUGCGCGCGGCAUCGUCGCUUCCUGCAGUUCCGGGUCUAAGGUGUGGGGUGGACAAGACAGAUUCGAUGUCAGUCUCGUGUGUGAUGACCGCCUUGAGUGGUAG